GUGGUACCCGGAGAGACUGCACUGGCGUUUUAUAAAGCAAAAAAUCCUACUGACAAACCAAUAGUUGGAAUCUCUACCUACAAUGUAAUACCCUUUGAAGCAGGACAGUAUUUCAAUAAAAUACAAUGUUUUUGUUUUGAAGAACAGUGGCUAAAUCCUCAAGAGGAAGUUGACAUGCCUGUCUUUUUCUACAUUGAUCCAGAAUUUGUAGAGGACCCUAAAAUGGCUAAAGUUGAUUUGAUCACCCUCUCUUACACUUUUUUUGAAGCAAAGGAAGGACAGAAGUUACCUCUUCCUGGAUAUCAGUAA